GUUAAAAGAAAGUGAAAUAAUCCAGUUCAAAGAUCAAGUUCAAUUUGAAUCUCUCAUCAAAGUGUAUCAAAAUUAUUAUAGUGUAGCAAAAAGGAAGGCGGUGCUAGGUGCUUCUCAAAUUGGCUUCGAGAUCAAGAUUUGUGAAACAAGUUAUUUGAGCCUAAGACCAUCCACCCACACUAACCCCACAUUACCAAACCACCAACUGCCAUCAACCAACCCAAUACACUAACACUCUUACACGGAAAGGAUAUUAUUUUGUUAAAAAAAAUACCUAAGAAAAAGAUGCCCCGGCGUCGUCGUCCACGUUGCAAGGUGAACCCUUCGAUAGCGCUAAGGAAAAAGAGCCAAGAGAGCAGUUCCAAUCAGCCGAAGGUGGAGACACCACGACCGCCUCCCUUACCGGAUCCGCCCAGUGAAGAGCCACCGGAAAUCGCCUCCACGACGAGUGUAGAUUCUGGAAUCGAAUUGGAUUACAAAUACUUCCCGGAACUCUACGAUCGCCAGCCAACAGUGCCCACGUUUGCGGAUAUUUUCGGUCAGCCCUCGUACGGAUUGGUAUUACAAAAGCCGGAUUCAGAUAGUUCCUCCACCACGUUUAAUACCGGUGGAAUCUGGAGUACAGCCGAUGGCAAAUUUACCAAUAUUCCGUCAACUAUGCUGGCAGAUCGUUUCGGGAUCAUCGGACUGCUGUCUGCCAUGAGGACCACGCACACGGAUCCAACCGCAACGCAGCUGGUCUUUGGUGAGGAUCUGACCACCUAUGGACUGGAUCUGGCUGCCCAGGGCGAUAUCUAUGUGCAUUUCAAUGGACCCCUUACCCGCGAACCCCCAGAAAGAUCCUCCAUGGACUGCGCCCUCGAGCUGGGUAUGCGCGGCAUGCGAGAUUCGAUUACUAAUCAUCCGCCAAAGGCUCCCGUCUGGGAUCCUUUCGUACCGGAGUCUCAAGAUCUAGGUCUCUUGGUGGGUGAUAUCCAUGAUGAGAGCAAGAAAUCCAAACCGGAAACGAAAACAGAACCACAGUCAAGUUCUGAUUCUGUUAAAGAUUCAAAAGAGGAUCAAAAAGGCAACCUGGAAAGCUAACGAAAUCUUAAAAGGCGCCGAGGAUCAAAAGAGAGAGAAGUCCCAAGGAAUAGCAGCCUGGCAGUUGGUUAGAUCCUUGAAAUCUUGGUAAAAUUAUUGCUCUUUGUGAAUUGGUAGCCCUUCCAUAUAGGAAAAUCUUUGGCUCUAAAUAUAGAAUCGAGUUAGGA